UUGCAACAAGUUUUACUAAAAAGAACAGAUCAAUAACUAUACAGAUUCAGUACAGCUAAGAAGAACAAAUCUACGUAUGUCACAUCACAUGUAACAAAUGGUCUGUUUUUUUAACUGCAUUGUUGAACUGGCAUGAUAAGUUAGUGAGACAAGUAUAUUUUUUCUCGCUCUAAGAGAGAAUUCACCCCUUGACAGAAAAGCAGAAAGUAGAAAAGCAACAACCAAUUAGAACUCGCGCUGGUGGUCGACGGUUUCUGCUUUAUCUAUUACUUAUAACCAGCGUUUCUGCUUCAUCUAUUACUUAUAACCAGCGUGAGUUCUGAUUGGUUGUUGUUUUUCUGAUUUUCUGUCAACGUGUGAACUUCUCCUAAUCUAUCGCAUUAGUUCAGCAGUGCAGUUAAAAAGAACAGACUAAGUGUAAUGUACCUAUUAUAAGGUUGUAUUCUGUGAAUAGGCCAAAAUUAAUAAAUAUGUCGCUCGCUAAACAUAUUAUAUGAAGAUAUUCUUUGAAGAAUUGGGCAAAAUUUCUGAAUCAGUAUGGCUCAUAUUAAUAACGUGUUUAAAGCUGUAGAAACAUUAAACUCGUUGCGAGAAUCAAACAUCACGUCGGAUUCUGGAGCAAGGAAAGAGAAAAUAUCAUGUUGUACAAUCAUCGUUGAUGGAAUAUGUUCUUCAACUGUCAGACAAAAUCUUAAGUUUCCACAAAUUCUUACUGUUUCCAUCGAAACAUUACUAGCAUUGUGUAACGAUGAGGAGUCAGACGUCAGGAUGGUUGCUGAUGAGUCCCUCAAUAAAAUUAUAAGGGCAGUUGUUGACAGUAAUAUUGUUAAAGUUCAGAUAGAACUUUAUAAUGAAAUAAAAAGGAAUGGACCUGCACGUAUAUUGAGAGCUGCUCUGUGGAGAUUUGGUCUGCUAAGUCACAUGAUACGUCCCACAAGGGGUAAAGCUUAUGUGUCAAAUUUAAUACCAUGUAUAGUGAUCAUUGCGCAUCGAUCUGAAGAUAUUGUAAUUGAAACAUUAUCGCAAUCAUUACCAUUUAUUUUAAAAGUAUUAGGGCCAUUUAUGACAGACAAGGAUGUCAAGACAUUACUAAAAGCAUUCUUUGAAAACAUCUCCUCUACUCAAGCAGUUUUUCGUAGAGCAGCAGCAAACAUGAUCCUGACGACGUGUAUAAAUUGCAGAAAACCACAGUUUUUUUUAAAUUAUGUCUUGAAUUAUUUAUUAGAUGUAAUAGUGCCUGCAAGAGACAUUGAGGAUUAUUCGUCCACUAUUAUAGGCAUAUUUGGAUGCCUAAAAGUCAUCCUAUCUCAUAUAUGUAAAUCAUCGGAAUCUCAAGAUAUUGAAACACAGCAAACAGAUAGUUUAUUACAUAUAUAUGAACUGUGUUUGCACUAUGCAAAAUGGCAUUCCGAUCAUAAUAUUAUAAAUGCAGCUUUAGAGACUUUGGUGCAACUUUUAAAAAUGCCUCCAAAGCCUUUAGUGUCUGUCUUAUUGUCAUCACAAGGCAUAACUGAAAGAAAGAUAACAUUAAAUCAAAUGACAUCGUUAUUGAACGAAAUGAGUAUUUCCAGUACAAGUACUGUUCAUGGUGGAAAUUUCGACUUAGUUUCGAACUUGCAUGAACUGGAUGUCCCAAAAAUCACUCCAAAUAUAGACAAUUGGAUUGCAGAAGCGGAAACUGCAUCGUCAGUUGUGCAUAAUUCAGCGCUACCGAAUGAAUAUGUGAAUGAUAUAAUUGAAGUGAAAGGGAAGAUAAUGGAAAAUUACUGCGGUCUGAAGAUCGGAAUUAUUAAUAAUGAAAUUGUCGAGGAAGAUAGCGAUGUCGGGAGUGUGAACGAAAAGCUGGUGAAAGCACCGUAUUCAAAUCUACCGAGUGAUCAAUCAAAAGAGGAGGAUUAUUCCGAGGAAAUUACUGUAUCAUUCGCCUCUCCUAAGAAAUCUUCGUUGGAGUUCGCAUUGUAUGAAACGGAUAUUGGAAGUUUUACAGACUCGGAUAUGCCUGUCAAGUUUUGUUGUCGUUAUUUAGUAUCGUCCUUCUUAUUAGCUGGCAAACCCGGGCACUUAAUGCCAGACAAGUUAUUUCGUGUUAGCGUAAAGUCUCUUGCUCUAACAUGCGUGGGUUAUAUCUUAAAACUCUACCCGCAUUUGCUUACGAUGACCGUGGCCAAAGAAUUCAGCUGCUGCAACGAAAACAAUCAAUUGAUUGUAGACAUUUUGUUAUUUGCCAAUCACCCAGAUCCUCAGAUUAGGGGCAAUAUAGCAAUGGUGAUUGGAAUAUUUUUAAAGUCUGUCUUUGUCCAGUACGGUGGCUCUUUCCAAAAAUUCAGAGCUGAAUGUGCAGCGCAGAAAGGACACGAAAAUAUAUUACUAGGAGAUAUGAUAAAAUUACUUCUGAAAGGCUUGAAUGACGAUUCCGCGACAACGUGUCGUCAAACUCUGGACGCGUUAAACCUUUGCUUACCGGAGUUGUUAGAUUCUAUUAAUAAUGAACACGGUCUUACCAUUUUAACUACGUUGCCAAAACUUGUGAAAAAUCCAUAUUUUCUAGUGAAGAUAAAAUUAGUCGAUUUAUUAAGUAAAUUAUCAUACAUUACGAUAGAACACAUAACAGGACAAUCAUUAUUUCAAGAACACUUUAUCGAUGCUAUAAUAGCGUUAUUAGGCGAUCAAGACCAAAGAGUGAGGCAUGCAGCAUCCGAUGCUAUUGUUAAGAGUAUUCCUUGUUUGUAUUACCGGCAUCCUCAAGAAGAUACUAUUACAAAGAAAGCGUCGCAAUAUACUCAACAGUUUUUAAACAGCAUAACAUUAAGUAUCUCGGAACUUUCGUCGUGCCAAGACAAACAUAAGCCGUUUGUGAACACGUCUAUCGAGCCAUUUGUAUUUCUGAGUCACUGUAACAACGGAGUAAAUUAUGAUUCUAGCGUAGAAUAUUCUUUAUCUCGCAUAGUCAACGUUCUAACGGAAAUAUUGACGGUGCAUUCGUCGAAAUAUUUGAUAUACGGAUGCUGCGAGACCCUCUUUUGCUUGAGCGAGACUUAUCCCACGACGAUUUAUGUCCGAGGAUGGGACUGCAUUCUGCCAAAGACGAUGUUGAAGAAGUCUAAGAAAAAUAGCGAUCGAUCAGAUGCGAAUGACGCCAAUUUCACAAACGACAUGAUUUCCUCGCCCGUAGGCAGUGGCCUCCUGUCGUUGAUACUGCCUCUUCUAUCGUCCUCUACCAUCAGCUUAGAUCUUUCCACACACCGACACUUGAUCCUCCUUGCCGGAAAUCUGGCUUCCGGAUUAGCCAUCUGUAACUUCAAGACUGGCGAUCCGACCAAAUUGUGGAGUAUGUGCAAGGACAAGUACAUGGAAAUGUUGCUGACGCAUAUUAUACGGGUUUUGAACAUAUUUGUUCACGUGAUUGAGGAGGUACAGCUAAUACAAAGCAACGUCAAGCCUGUGCUACCGUCCUUAUCGUCUGCGCAAACUUUAUCACCAAAGAGGAAGAUCGUGCCGGAACAGAAGUCGAGGGAAAAGGCGGAAAAGAUCGGAGGUCCGAAGAGCGGAAAGGACCAAAUAGGAACGUUCGUCGGUACUCCGCAUUAUAUGAAGAUAUACGAUAUAUUGAAAGCGGCGCAUGCCAAUUACCUGGUCACUUUGGAGUACGAAGCCAGCGAAAUGUAUCUGUCUCUGCUGAACGCAACGCUGGACGUGCUCUCCCAAAUACUCGAAGUCGCAUCCGUCAACGAAGUAGGCAGGAUAGCGGAAGAGGUGCUCUGUUAUCUGAAAAGCACCGUCACAUUGUCACCGACCGCAACGGUCCAAUGCGUACAGCAACUGUUGAAAUGCUUGUUCGGUACGAAUGUGUACGCGCAGUGGAGCGAAAUGGAUAUGCAGAAAAGUCUAGAUCGAUGUGGCGCAUCGCAGGACGACGUUAAAGGUUUUUACAACCAAUGUUUUCAAUACCCCGCGAGACAAAUGGCGAACACGAUCAAGUGUAUAGGGAACAAUUGCAGGGGUGAAAACGAACCAGAUAACGGAUGGAUAGGAUUGCUGCGCAGAAAAGGUGAUCGUAAGUUUUCGUCGGUGUUUAAGAAUUUGGCGCGAUCAUCGGAUCAGAAGGGAUCGGUGGCUUCUUUCAUCCGGCUCUUUGAGCCGAUGGUUAUAAAAUCUUUAAAACAAUACACCGUUACCAGCAACGUCGCGUUGCAAUGCCAAGUUCUCACGCUGCUGAGCCAAUUGGUGCAGCUGAAGGUCAAUUACUGCCUACUGGAUUCCGACAAGAUAUUCAUCGGGUUCGUGCUGAAGCAGUUCGAAUUCAUCGAGGAAGGUCACAUACAACAGACCGAGGAACUCCUGCCGAAGAUAUUCAAUUUCCUGGUGCAUCUGUCGUACGAGAAGAAUCAUUCCAAAGCGAUAAUAGGUAUACCAAAGAUAAUUCAAUUGUGCGACGGUCUGAUGGCGAGCGGGCAACCGGCGAUUACGCAUUGCAUACCCGCACUGGCGCCCGUUAUCGAAGAUAUAUUUCUCAUUCGUAACGGGAGUUCGAGCGUAGCCGAGCAACGGGAAUUGGAAACUACGAGGGACGUGCUGAUAGCUAUGCUGUUGCGUCUCGCGGAGUAUCAUCAAAUCGUCGAGCUUCUGGCGCUUUGUUUGGUGGAGUCGAGAUUUAGCGGGGACGGUAACGGAGAAGAGAAAUGGCGCAGAUGGUCCAGAUUAACCAUGGAUACCGUGCUGCCGAUACUAGCGGCCGGCAAACUCCGAAUAGAAUCCGAGAAGGCUCACGUUGCAUUAGUGAAAUUAUUCGCGGCUAUCUCACCGACGGUGUUCCGGCCGGUGGAUCCUCUCUUGAAGAUACUGUUCACCGCGUCGGUUUCCGUGACGGCCUCGACUCUGAAAUUGAAGCGUUGGUUGGGUAUGGUCAACGUCGUACUCCUCUCGCUGAUCUCCUGCGCCAAAGAGGAGGCGAUGCUGGCGCGCCUCUCGGAUCUCAGUAUAUGCGUAACGGACGUAUCGCACCUGUUCUCGCUGCAGGAGCCCUCCUCCGAGCAUACGGACCCCCUGAACGUACUGGGGGCUCAGUCCCACCAGAUACCACCCGAACAGACAUUAGCCAGAUUCAUAUUCAAGGUAAUCAACCUGAUAAGCUCGAAGGUGUUCAAUCUCCUCGGCUUGAUAAACCACAAAUCCGCGGAUCCUCUCGUCGACUUCUCCGACUAUACAACCGACGACAGCUACUUGGUGCAUCAGUUUGCAUUUUUCUUACAAUUGUGCAUCCAUAUGUUCGAGUCCGGUAGCCACUGCAAAGUAGCGAACGCGACGAUGCAGAUGAUUCAAGGACGCAAUGUGUCGGAGGAGGAACAGUUGCCCAUCGAUCAUCUCAACUAUUUAAUGCUCAGUAUCGGGAACGUCUGUCCGACGGUGACGUGUCAGUGGGCUUACUUGAUGAUUUUACUGGGAUACAACGAGAUGUCCUUCUGGUCGAAGAUACUGGACAGCAACGCCGACUGUAUCGCGCGCAGUUGGUGCGCGAGCGAGAAGAAACGGGGCGACUCCAUCAGUAGCAUAAAUGUACAAAUUAUUCGGAAAGGAGGCGUUAUAUUAUUCUGUGAUUACAUAUGCGAGAAUCUGAACGACGUGGAACCGCUGACGUGGUUGCUGGUGAACCACAUAGAAGAAGCUAUCAACAUCGCCACUGAAUCUCCGGUCAGAGAUUUGUUGAGUACGGCUGUACACAGGAAUCCGGCGGCCAGCGGGCUUUUGGUACAGGCCAUCGCGACGAAAUGCACGGAUUUAUCGCAGCCCAGCUUCAUAAAGCGUCUGUUGCAGAGUAUCGAGGGUGCUCAUCACUCGCAAAGCGGCGCGGUCAUAAUGACCUUGAUACCGAGAUUGUUGUCCACGAAGUAUCUCGCCUUGUCGAGGAUGGCGGCGAAAAUUGCCAGUCGCAGAGUGGAAAUAUUGCUGACCAUGAGCUUGGAGGACGUGAUCGGCCAAUUGUCGAAGGACGAUGUCGUGAGGAUCAUGGACAUUCUGCAGACGACCAAGCUGGCGAAAAAACACGGCGGUUUAAUAAGCUUAUUGAAUAAACUGGCUGUGCAGUACUACGACUUGUCGCCGUUGGAGCUCGACCAAUGCCGGCCCUUCAAUCCGUCUACCGUAAAGAGCAUUCAGUUAGAUCGUAAUUGGUUCUUGUCCCAAGUGAGAUUACGAUGUUGCCACGCGAGCGCCGGCAACAAUCCGAUGGAAUUGGCGCAGUUGCUGAAGGACUUGGACUUCGACGAUUGUUUGAGCAUCCUCUCCUGCAAAGAGUUUAAUCUGAAGAUCUUGAAAUAUUGCAUAAUACUGGGGGCAAGACUCAGUAUCGAGAGGUGUCAGAAGUUAGAGUUCGGUAAAGCGCAAAGCGAGAAGGACUUCAAUUUCGACGCAAGCCCUCUGUACGUCGCUGCUAAACAAUGCCUGCUGGAGCAUAUUCGUUAUACCUGCGAACUCACGCCGAAACCGCAUCAGAUUUACAAUCCCGAGGCAGACAGCGGGAAGGAGCUCAAGUACGCGGUUCGAUUUCACGAGCUGUUGAGCGAUUCUCUUUAUUGGGAGAUCCUCUUCAUGAUAAUCCCGACGGUUAAAAUUUACAUGAAGACGUUGCCGAAACUGGCCAAGUACAAUGUAGCGAAAAUCGACGUCAAAUUCGAGGAGGAUAUCGCGAAAUUUUCCAUCCUGUGUCUCGAGCUGGCGCAUUGGAUGAUCCAUUCCGACCGAAGAAACGCGAAGAAAUCGAGACCGCACGACAUGGAUCUCGCGUUGAGUUGCGCGGCGGAGAUUCUCAGGCACGCCGCACCGAGUAAGAUCUUUGGCGACAGUGCCCAUUAUACGUGGGUGUGCUCCGCGGCGAUCUCUCUCACGAGAGUCGUCGAAAGUGUAUUGAUGACGAUGGACCCGUUACCGGUCGUGAAUUCCCAAGCGUUGGAACCAGCCCUGCGAGACGAGAACACCAAGGACUACGCUCGUGCGUGCAUUCAAAUGGCAUCGAUAGUCGCUUGGCUCGAGAAAUGUCAAACGGAAGGCCUCACGAAGAAUAUUCCACCGUACUUGUUCGACACGAUGAAAUCGCUCAUUGUUAGCACGAGUCGGCAACCGUUAGUGAACUCUUACAUCUUGACACCCCCGUUGGUGUGGCAACGUGGCUGGCAUAUUAUCGGCUCCGGUCCAACCAAGUGCUAUUUCCCGCUGCUCUCGUCGGAGUCCAACCUCCUGCAAGAAGUAGAUAUUCUAGAACAGUUCAUUUAUCGGGUAAACCUGCUAGGCUGGACGUCCAGGUCGCAAUUCGAAGAGAUCUGGAUGGCAUUUCUGAGCGUUCUUAAUUUCUUACAAAACGAGAACACCCCGUCAGAGGAGGUGGUGAGCUUGAUUCAAGCCAGCAGUUUGACGGUUCAAGCGAUCACGAGAUUAUUAUUGCAGACUCUUCUGUUACCGUGUCCCGGCAGUCCCGAAGCCAGCACUUUGAUCCAUCAUCCCAGAGAUCCCCAGCUUUCCAUGCAUAAAGUCAGCUCCCAGAAAUUGUUUGCGAUUCAAGAGUUACUUUUGUGGAAGUACGAAUAUAUGAACGAGGAGAAUAGAUAUGGAUUAAGACUGGAUCACAUUUUUCGCCGUGGGAACGUGGAAAGAAUCGGGACUACCGACAGAUUCACGUACAGUCAACUGUCGGUCUCUUACUUGUGGUCACUCUGCAAUUUGUACGAGGAUAAAUUAAAUGUGUCUGUUCUCGACUUGAAGAACAGACGAAACGACGCACUCAUGUCCGCGUCGCUCGAUUUGGACUCCUGUCUACGUUUCCUCAUUGAACAUUACACCAGCUGGUUGUCACCGCAGGCUGAUACACCUGUACAGUUGCUGACUGAGAUCAUCAAAUCGAUUUUGGCGAUAUCGGAACUCUUUCUCGAACGGUCCCAGUACCAAUGGAUGCUCGACGUAUGUCUGGAAGUAUCGAGAGUUCAUCCAACGGAAAAUGCGAUUCUGCAUCAAUACCUGGCUGUUUCGAUAUGUAAAGCCGCUGCCGUUUUAACGCCACUGGACUUUGAUACUUUGGACAAAGUAAAGCGCAUAGUGGAUAUCAAUUUAAAGGCAGGAUUUCUACCCGCCAGAGUUUCCGCACUUCAUGGCUCUCUGUAUUUACUGCAAAGCGCAGUACUGGCCAAGUGUGAGGAAACGAUGAAUAUUAUACAUCCGCUAGCCAUUGAAUACAUACAAAAACAUAUUGACUCGCAAGAUUCGAAUGGCAUUUUGAGCCAAAGCGAAGAGCAUCAGGGGAUAAUAUGGGCUCUGGUAUUCUUUCUGCUGGAGCAUGCGGAAGACACGCCGCCAGACACGGAAGCGCCGGCCGUGCUAGAAUUAGUCCUUUCUCUAGUCACGCUUCCGAAUAUCUCGUACGGCUUGCAUCAGACCCUGCUACAGGGUCUUGAAAGGCUCGUCGCAACGAAAAGCGUAGUCGGGAAAGUCGCUGAGCAAAUUGUUAAAGUUGCGAUGGAUCGGUUGAAGCAACCAAGCCCGUUGCUGGCAUUACCGGCUCUGCAGCUUCUACUGACAUGCAUGUACACGGAAGCGGCCGAUCGACUGAAUCAACCCGGUGAGGAGGAACCAUUGCCGGACGUAGAACCGGAAGCGUUAGUCAGAUCUAUAGAACGCACUUCCGCGAUAUUCGAUAAAAUUCGGAAGGGACAUCCUAUGGAAGUGGAAGUGCUAUGUACUGUUCUCUCGGGCAUCCUCGGGGACUUCUUCCCACCGUCGGAGAUCUUAACGAAAGUCAUAGGAGAAUUUCUGUCGCCGCAACAACCGCAUCAGAGAUUACUCUCCGCUGUUGUUUUUAAGGUCUGUGAAAAAGCGUGUACCUGUACGGAAAUGGAGCUUCUUCAGGACUGGGUAGUCUUUAGUUUACCGAAUUUUAUUCAGAGUUUACCAAUGGCGAUGUCGACUUGGUGUCUGUCUUGUUUCUUUAUAAGCGCAUCGACAAAUCAUUGGUUGAGAGCGUUAUUUCCGUAUGUUCAAUCGAGGAUCGGCAAGUACGAGUACGAAGACAAGAAGAUGUUGUGUAUAGCCGCUUCAGAUUUUUAUAACAAGUUAUCUAAGGAAUCUCAAAAGGAAGCGUUUGUCGAGACGUUCGAAGCAGCAGCGAAAGAACCCGGAACUCCAUUCAGCGACAUUUUGGCCUCUUUUUAAUUAAUAUUUGACUAUAGUUAAGAAAGAAAGAGAGAGAGAGAGAGAGAGAGAGAGAGAGAGAGAGAG